AUGAAUUUUUUUAAAAAAAUCUUCAAAAGAAAAUCAAAGAAAGAAAAGAAAAAUAAAAAUGAAGCCCAACCAGCAGUUGAGAAUAAUACUGCCGCCACCACAGCUACUGUAGCAUCAGAAUCAACAACUGCAGGUAAUGUAGCUGAAAAUAACACUGCUACUACAACUACCACCACCACAGCUACAGCCACUGCAAAUAUUAGAGAUAACCUUAAUGAAGUUAUUAAAGGUAUUCAAGAAAACAGAAUUUUAGAGGUAUUCGAUAAGUAUUAUCAUGAUGAGAUUGUUAUGUUUGAAAAGGGUGAUUCAACUAAUCGUGUUGGCAAAGAAGCCAAUCGUAAAGCUGAAGAGGCAUUUGUAACCAAUGCUAAAAUCCAUGAAGCUCGUGUCUUAAAAACAAUCGUUGAUGGUAACAAUACAGCCUACGAAAUGUUUAUGGACUUUACUUAUGGCGAACAUAGAAUCAAGAAAUCACAAUGGGCAUUCCAAGAAUGGAAAGAUGGUAAAAUUAUCAAAGAGGAAUUCAAUGACAGCAAUACCACACCAGCUACUGAUGCUCCAGCCGAAUCAUCAUCAUCAACUGAACAUAACAUCAAAGCUAAUUUAGAAGCUGUUAUUAAAGGUAUUCAAGAAAAUAAAAUUUUAGAAGUAUUUGAUAAAUAUUAUCAUGACGAUAUCGUUAUGUUUGAAAAAGGUGAUUCCACCAAUCGUAUUGGUAAAGAAGCCAAUCGUAAAGCUGAAGAAGCCUUCGUUUCAAACGCAGUUAUUAAAGAAGCUCGUUUAUUAAAAACUAUUGUCGAUGGUAACAACACAGCUUACGAAAUGUUCAUGGACUUCACUUAUGGAGGUAACUCAAUUCAAAAAUCACAAUGGGCAUUCCAAGAAUGGAAAGAUGGUAAAAUCAUUAAAGAAGAAUUCAAUGAUAGUAACACCACACCAUCUGUUGCUGUUACAUCAACUGCAACUCCAGCCGAUACCCCAGCUGCAGAACAUGACAUCAAGGCCAACCUUGAAGCAGUCAUUAAAGGUAUUCAAGAAAAUAAAAUUUUAGAAGUAUUUGAUCAAUAUUAUCAUGACGAUAUCGUUAUGUUUGAAAAAGGUGACUCUACCAACCGUAUUGGUAAAGAAGCCAAUCGUAAAGCUGAAGAAGCUUUCGUUUCAAAUGCAGUUAUCAAGGAAGCUCGUGUAUUAAAAACUAUUAUUGAUGGUAACAACACAGCUUACGAAAUGUUCAUGGACUUCACCUAUGGAGGUAACUCAAUUCAAAAAUCACAAUGGGCAUUCCAAGAAUGGAAGGAUGGUAAAAUCAUUAAAGAAGAAUUCAAUGAUAGCAAUACCACACCAGCUGCCACCCAAGAUACUCCAGCUGAACAUAAUAUCAGAGCUAAUUUAGAAGAAGUCAUCAAAGUUUCACCAGCCCCAUCUGAAUCACCAGUCGAACACGAUAUUAAAGCCAACCUCGAGGCCAUUAUUAAAGGUAUCCAAGAAAAUAGAAUUUUAGAAGUAUUUGAUAAAUAUUAUCAUGACGAUAUCGUUAUGUUUGAAAAAGGUGACUCUACCAACCGUGUUGGUAAAGAAGCCAAUCGUAAAGCCGAAGAAGCAUUCACUAGCAAUGCUACUAUUCACGAAGCUCGUGUAUUAAAAACUAUUAUUGAUGGUAACAACACAGCUUAUGAAAUGUUCAUGGACUUUACUUAUGGUGGUAAUAAAAUCCAAAAAUCACAAUGGGCAUUCCAAGAGUGGUCUGAUGGUAAAAUCAUCAAAGAAGAAUUCCACGAUAGCAAUACUACACCAACCUCAGCUCCAACUGAACCAUCAACACCAUCAACUGAACAUAACAUCAAAGCUAAUUUAGAAGAAGUCAUCAAAGGUAUUCAAGAAAAUAGAAUUUUAGAAGUAUUUGAUAAAUAUUAUCACGAUGAUAUCGUUAUGUUCGAAAAAGGUGAUUCCACCAAUCGUAUUGGUAAAGAAGCCAAUCGUAAAGCUGAAGAAGCCUUCGUUUCAAAUGCAGUUAUUAAAGAAGCUCGUGUAUUAAAAACAAUUAUUGAUGGUAACAACACCGCUUAUGAAAUGUUCAUGGACUUCACUUAUGGUGGUAACCAAAUUCAAAAAUCACAAUGGGCAUUCCAAGAAUGGAAAGAUGGUAAAAUUAUUAAAGAAGAAUUCAACGAUAGCAAUACCACUCCAUCAUCUGCCCCAGCCACAACCGAAGAAUCAAAAUAA